CAGAUUUGUUAUCUAGUCAAAUAUAAAGAUUAUAACAAAUACGCAACUAGUUGCAUAAACAAAUAUGAAUCGGACAACUAAUAAUUCAAAAGUCAACUGGUUAACUUUUUAUUUUGAUUCCUCGGAUCUUGAAACAGACUAGACAACUCUUAACUCUUAAGCUUUAACCACCACUUGACUUUGAAAAACUCUCUCAAGGACUCUCCUUGUGAUUCAGAUUUUCCAAAGCGAAACAAACAAAGUCAACUUCGUUGCAAGAACCAGAAAAAAAUGGGGACAGCUCUGGGAAAGCCAUUUGCCGGUUUUUUCCACCAAGAAGAAUCGAGGAUAGUGUUGUUCGGUCUCGACGCUGCCGGAAAAUCAUCAAUAAUGCACAAACUCAAAACCGGAGAAACCCUUACCACAACCAUGCCUACUAUUGGAACGGAUGUGGAAAGUGUAAAAUACAAGGAUUCAAACUUACGCUUUUGGGAAAUGGGCGGCCAACAAUGUUACAAGUGGUUUCCAAUGACGAAACAUGACUUCCAAGAAAUAGCGGGGCUUGUGCUUGUAGUCGAUAGCACAGACAGAGAUCGAAUAGAAGAUGCGAAAGAUUUUCUUAAUGCGGUGAUUGAUGAGAUACAAGGGAGUGUACCGGACAAUGUGGCUGUUCUUGUAUUUGGAAACAAGCAUGAAGUUCCUGGUGCUAUGUCUGCUUCUGAGAUCAGUAACAAGCUUGAUCUCACUUCUCUUCGUCAAAAAAACUGGCAGAGAAACUGGCAUGUCCAGAGCUCAUGUGCAUUCUCUGGUGAUGGUUUACAUGAAGGACUCGACUGGCUGUUGAAAAAUGCUGAAAGAAUGUAAGAAUGUGUCUUGGUUGUUAACGCGGAAUCUCUGUACUGAAAAUAGCCAUCUUUUGUAUCAAGUUAUUAACCUCAUCGUGCUUAUUUGCUAGCUCCAUCAACAACUUGAUCCUUUUAAACGAGACA